UAGAGCUAUGGAGAAGUUAGCUAGAUCUCAAGUAGCCAAGGGGUUGCUCCUCCUCAUUCUAGUCCUCGUCAUUCCCUUCCUAUCCUCUUCGCUAAGGAGCUUCUAUUUAUACAUCCUUCUUAACAUCCUUAUCGUUGUACUAUGUGUCGAGGCUGGAUUCCUCAAGGCCAUCUCUAGGCACCAUGAGGAAAAAAUAUCAUACGGCAAUGCAACAGGGGCUCCGAUGGCGGGAGAAGCCAUCGCGAAGCUAGCAAAGAAGUCCCCAGUGCUGAAGGCCUCCAAGGUCGCGCCAAAAGCUCAAUCUCUAAAGCGUUGCUCGUCAAGACCAAGUCUCUUCUUCAUCGGAGGAUUUGAGGGAUCAGAGAAGAGAGUGCAUGCAACGAAACAAGAAGAGAAGGUUGAGGUCGAGAUCAGGGAGAUCAUAAGCAAGCAAGAGCUGUUUACUAAGGCAGAAGCUUUCAUCGGCAACUUCUACGAGCAGCUCAAGAUGCAAAGAGAGGAAUCAUGGAAGAAGAUUCAUGAGCUCUACCAUAAAACUUUCUAAAAGCUAGCUAGAUAUCGCUGGAUCAUGUUAUUUUAAUUUCGAUAUUUCCGGUGGUUAAAUAAGAAAAGAGAUCAGAAGCACCAAUAAUUUUUAUUUGGUGUUCUAAUCUCAUUCUUUCACUAUAAGAU